CCUCUCUAUCCUCACCUCUGUACACCACACGCCCUCCAUUUCCAACCCUGAAUUUUCCCCUGUUUGCCUCUCUCGCUCGACACCCUUCAUUUCCGACCAUGCUUCUCAAGGCUUCUCCGGCUUCUUCUCUUUUGGGUUCUCAUGGGGAAGCUCUGGUUCCCCUAUUUUCCUCUGCCUCUCCUUCUUCUUCGCCGCGUUCGUAUUCGUUUUCUCCUCUCAAUUGCCCCAACUCUCUGCACUCGACUCUCCGUUACUCUUCAGCCAAAAAUGGAGGUGGGUUCUCCGUCUCGGCCUCAAAGGGUGCCAACAGUCGCCCUCUUACCGGCGUGGUGUUCGAGCCCUUUGAAGAGGUCAAGAAGGAGCUCGAUCUUGUCCCCGCUGGGGAUCAAGUCUCUCUUGCUCGACAGAAAUAUGCCGAUGAUUCUGAGGCCGCCAUUAACGAGCAGAUCAACGUGGAGUACAACGUUUCUUACGCUUACCAUGCCUUGUAUGCCUACUUCGAUAGGGAUAACGUUGCGCUCAAGGGUUUUGCCAAAUUCUUUAAGGAAUCUAGUGAAGAAGAAAGGGAACAUGCUGAGAAAUUGAUGGAAUACCAGAACAAGCGUGGUGGAAAAGUGAAGUUGCAGUCUAUAUUGAUGCCUCAUUCUGAGUUUGAUCAUCCGGAAAAAGGAGAUGCUUUAUUUGCAAUGGAGCUUGCAUUAUCUCUGGAGAAGCUGACAAAUGAGAAGCUCCUCCACUUGCAUAGUGUUGCUGACCGAAACAAGGAUGUGCAGUUGGCAGACUUCGUUGAAAGUGAAUUUUUAACUGAGCAGGUGGAAGCCAUUAAGAAAAUAUCAGAAUAUGUUGCCCAACUGAGGAGAGUUGGCAAAGGACAUGGAGUUUGGCACUUCGAUCAGAUGUUGCUUCACGGAGAGGGAGCUCUUGAUGGAGCUGCUGCUUGAUAAUCUUCUAUUUUUCUUUCUUCUUCUACCUUGUGUUUUAAUAGUUCUUUGUUCUAAUAUUGUGUAAGAAGACUUUUAGUACCUUGUGUUAGAUUUUACAAGUGAGAAAUGCAUAUGGAAUAAAUGUUAGUCUGAGUCAAAAUCUACUUUAUAUCUUAAUGGACACAGAUUAAUUGUGUUU